AUGUACCACGUACGCCGUCUCUCCAUUUUCGUUGCCUGCUUCCUCUGCCUGUCCUUCAUCGCCGGCACCCUUCCUCGCUACUUGAACCCGGCGCAAACCGACAAGGAGAAAGCCGCUGAGGACAAGCUAUGGGUCAGCAGCAGCCGCUACUGGCUCGACCGCCAGGCCUGUCGCUGGCUCAGUCUAUGCGGCAUCCAUCACCUGACCUGGGACCCCGCCGCCCUGCUGCCUUGGAACAACAACAGCACCGACGACGGCGAGCUGUUCGCCGAGCGCCUAGAGCUGCGCUCCCUCGGAGACGACAAUGAGAGGCACGCCGGUUGGGAGGUUGCGGGCCGCACAGCAAGAGGACAGCGAGCCGACCGUGGCAACGUUCUCCAACAGACACCCGACUACGUCCUCAAGUAUGCGCCGCUCGUUCACCUCUACUCUAAGGAGAACUUCUGGCCCUCGGAUAUCGCCGAGCACGUUCAGCACAUGAUUCCCUAUCUCGAAACCGAAGCACUCAACAGGACUGCCCUGUUGGAUGACCUGCACGAACUCAACGGCAUGGAUGGACAGGUCUUCUUGACCGCCGACGUUGACGUUGAAUCGAGACCCGAGUGGCUCCACAGCCACUCUUCUAUUCCUCACACCUGGAGAGAGGAUAACGAGGAGCCCCAUCACGACUACGUCGACGACGGUGCCCCCUCGAACCAGCCCGGUGGUCAGCAUCACCCCAACCAGGACACGACUUGGUACGACGUCUCGCGCGGCCAUCCCGUCAACCGCAUCUCCGACCCUCGCCGCCUUGGACAGCAGUUCUCGCCCAAGGGCCGCAAGCCCGUACUGGAUCGCAAGACUGGCUUCGUCCGCCGCGAUCAGCAACCCAUGCCCGCUGACCCCACGCCCAUCAACAAGCCUCACGCUGACGGCUACUCCAAAGCGCCAGCCGUCUUGAUCCUCGUCGACAAGGGUGACGGUAUCGUCGACGCUUUCUGGUUCUUCUUCUACUCGUACAACCUCGGACAGACCGUCGCUAACAUUCGCUUCGGCAAUCACGUUGGUGACUGGGAGCACUGCAUGAUGCGCUUCGAGCACGGCAUCCCGCGUGGCAUCUUCUUCUCCGAGCACGAGGGCGGCCAGGCGUACACCUACAACGCCGUCGAGAAGCGGGGCGACAGACCUGUCCUGUACUCCGCUGUAGGCAGCCACGCCAUGUAUGCUCAGCCCGGCUUCCACCCCUACAUCCUCCCCUUCAAGCUGCUCAAGGAUGUCACCGACCGCGGCCCGCUAUGGGAUCCCGCCAAGAAUACGUACUCGUAUUGGUACGACUAUGAGCGCGAUGUCGAUGAUGGUCUCGAUGUCGAUGCCGACGUGGACGGCGAGGUUGAAUAUCUGCUCUCCCGUAAGGAUGCCGACGCUUCUUCGUUGACGCCCACCGCCGAGAACCCAGAAGCCCCGACCAGCUGGUUCCACUACGCAGGCCCAUGGGGAGACCAGGUCUACUCUCUCGCCGACUUGCGCCAGUGGCGCCUCUUCAGCCAGUAUCACUAUGUGACCGGGCCACUGGGUCCCAAAUUCAAGCGUCUUGGCCGCGAGAAGCUCUGCAUCACAAACCGCUGCCGCAUCCUCGACAGACUGAAGCCGGGCCAGACCUGGUACUAG